AUGGGUCAAGCUUACAACAUCUUUGGAAAGCCGGUUCAGCCUCAUGUUUUGGUGCUUGGCACGCUAUUCACGCUGUUCGGGGGUGUGUCAUUGUACAAGGCUAGAGGACGUGCGUCGCAGCAGCCCGCCGUAGCUGCUCCUGCAAAAACCACUUCUGAUGAUAUCGAUUUCGAGCAGCUGCUUGGCGAGAUGCUGAAGGAGGAAAAGAACUGA